UCUACACUUCCACAUUGCAUAUUGUACCCUGUAAAAGCUAGUCUCAGCCAGAGCUGGGUUGGACAUACGAGAGUAUUGUGGGUUGGAAGGAGAAGGGAAAAAAAGGCGUUUCUAGUAAAGAUAGAGAGCUUAGGUUUCUGUAUGUGUUUUAGAAUUGGUGCAGUCUCUCAGCCUGAUUGUUCCUGGCCCUACAGUUGUGUCUGAAAGUCCUGUGCGUCAAGCGUUGCUGUAUCCUGUUCAGUCCACUCCUGCAGUUGAACAUGGUCACUGCCGCCUGGGGACGCUGGUUCAUCUAGAGGACAGUGGGCACAUCUUUACAAGGAGUUCAGCGAGCGAGCGAGUGGACUUUUGGGGGGCGACCCGGGCACGGAGAGCGAGAUGGCGGAGAGAGUGAACGUCCUGCCGUUCUUCUACGGCAACAUCACGCGGGAGGAGGCGGAGAAGUACCUGCAGCAGGGCGGCAUGAGCGGCGGCCUCUACCUGCUGAGGCAGAGCCGGAACUACCUGGGCGGCUACGCCCUGUCGGUGGCCUGCGACCGGAUGUCCUACCACUACACCAUCGAGCGGGAGCUCAACGACACCUACGCCAUCGCCGGGGGCCGCUCGCACGGCGACCCCGUGCAGCUCAUCGACUACCACUCGCAGGAGUCCGACGGGCUGGUCUGCCUGCUCAAGAAGCCCUGCAACCGGCCCCGCGGCGUGGAGCCCAAGGUGGGCUCCUUCGAGGACCUGAAGGAGGAGCUGAUCAAACAGUACGUCAGGCAGACCUGGAACCUGCAGGGGGCUGCCCUGGAGCAGGCCAUUAUCAGCCAGAGACCGCAGCUGGAGAAGCUGAUCGCCACCACAGCCCAUGAGAAGAUGCCUUGGUUCCACGGCGCCAUCACACGGGAUGACUCAGAGCCCCGCCUGCUCUCUCCUCCACGAACCAACGGCAAAUUCCUAAUCAGACAACGAGACUCCAAUGGCUCGUUCGCCCUCUGCCUUCUGCACGGCGGCAACGUCAUGCACUACCGCAUCGACAAGGACAAGGCCGGGAAGCUCUCCAUCCCCGACGGCAAGAAGUUUGACACGCUCUGGCAGCUGGUGGAGCACUAUUCCUACAAGCCGGAUGGCCUCCUCCGUGUCCUGACUGAGCCCUGCUCACGCCCUGAAGGAGAGGGAGCUAAUGGCAUAAGCACGCUACCCCCUCUUCCUCGUAAUCACCCUGGGAGAGAUUCAACAGGUGAAGGGAUUCUCUCCAGAAUCAAAUCCUACUCCUUCCCCAAACCUGGCCACAAAAAGAUGAUGGCUCGUUUCCGUGCCAAAACCACAGACCUCAACCCAUAUGCAACAAGACUGGAAAAUACCAAACACACCAAAGAGGCCAUGCCCAUGGACACGGAGGUGUACGAAAGCCCCUACGCAGAUCCGGACGAGCUGAGGACGGCCACCGUCGACAGGAAGCAGCUCAUCCUGGAGGACGGGGAGCUGGGAUCCGGGAAUUUCGGAACGGUCCUCAAGGGCGUCUACAAGAUGAGGAAGUCAGAGAAGCAGGUGGCGGUGAAGAUCCUGAAGAACGACGACAACAACGCUGCGGUUCGGGACGAGAUGUUGCGGGAGGCUAAUGUCAUGCAGCAGCUGGACAACCCCUACAUCGUGCGCAUGAUCGGCAUCUGCGAGGCGGAGAACCUCAUGCUCGUCAUGGAGCUGGCCGACCUGGGCCCCCUCAACAAGUUCCUGCAGAAGCACAGAGACAUAGCAGUGCGAAACAUCACAGAGCUGGUACACCAGGUCUCCAUGGGGAUGAAGUACCUUGAGGAGCACAACUUCGUCCACAGAGACCUGGCAGCCAGGAACGUCCUGCUGGUGACCCAGCACUACGCAAAAAUCAGCGACUUCGGCCUUUCCAAAGCCCUGACUGAGGAGGAGAACUAUUACAAGGCCAAAGGUCACGGAAAAUGGCCGGUGAAAUGGUACGCCCCAGAGUGCAUGAACUACUUCAAGUUCUCCUGUAAGAGCGACGUGUGGAGCUUUGGGGUCCUGAUGUGGGAGGCCUACUCCUUGGGACUCAAACCGUACAAGGGAAUGAAAGGGGCUGAGGUCAUCCAGAUGAUCGAGGGCGGAGGGAGAAUGGACGCCCCGGCCAACUGUCCCCCGGAGAUGUACGAGCUUAUGAAGAAGUGCUGGACAUAUAAGGCGGAUGAGAGACCAGGAUUCACUGUUGUUGAACCCAGACUCAGGGACUAUUACUACGACAUUUCACAGUGAUCAUAUGCUUGGCUUCCCACCAGGGGGCAGUGUUGUACAGCAGUCAGAUGCUGGAAAUGAAGAUCCCUGCUGCAAAUAUAGUGUAGGGUGUUUCUGUCCUCCUAUUGAAGGUACAUUGCCUGAGUUGCUUUGAAAAAAUAUAUAUUUAUAGUUCAUGUAAGAAUGUAGAUGUGCGCUAAUCAGGUAAGUUCCAAAUGUAUCACCUGAACUGGAAACGCAUAAUACUGUAGAAAUAUUCAAAGAUAUAUAUUGCAACUGCACAUUUGCAAUUAUACGGUAAAACGGGGUACGGACUGAAUACUCUUAGGCUAUUUUUUGUUAUACUGUUACAUUUAAUUUGUAUGGAUAGAUUUGAGAUAUAUUUGAGUUUUCCGAAUAUGCAUUUUCAUUGAUUUUAGCUUUUAGCUUUAUUGUUUAGGUAGAUAGUUUUUCUUCUUGAAAUGACCUUUAUGUAAUGUCAUGCGUCUGGAUUAGUGGUUCUCAAUUUCAUUUUGCAUAAUUGUGUGGCACAGUCUAUCAUUCCAGGCCCUAUAUCUCCCUGGCGGUGAAACAAAUCAACAACUUCAGUUGCUUACAGUAAGGCUUCUUACAGAGACACUGUCACAAAGACACUUUACUAGAAACCAGGAUAUGGGAAAACUGAGGAGGCACAAGCCUGAGCCCCUGAAAGUCCAGCAAGUGAGGCAGAAAUGGGGGCGGGGAGGGGGCAUUAGACCCAAGGAGGAAAAUGGGAAAGGGGGAAAGUGAAGAAGUUUAUCAUUACAGUGUUCCUGGCCUUCCCUAUCGCUGUAAGAAUUCUACAUGUCUUACUAUUCAGAGAAGGAGAAAGCCAGGCACUCCUCUAUGGAGCACACUUAAUACAAUGCCUGUCUUCCAUGGCAAUUCCAAUGUGCAAUGCAUUUUCGGAAAUGGUUCAUUGGAACAUGCCAUGGAAUAACGGCAUUUUAUUGAUUGUAUUCUAUAGAAUAUACUGAAUAAAAGUGCCUUGAUUAUUAUUAUUUUAAUUUAUUUUUCUAAGAGCGCCUUGGUUUUUCUUCUCUCUGUUCCUUAGUACAAUGCAAAAGAGCACCUUCCCACCAAACAGACAUCGGUUAGAUGUCCAAUCAACCUGAGCCAUGGAGGUUUCUGCAAAGUUCAUUAGUCGGGCAGAAAUAAAGAGGGGGGGUUCUGUCAUUAUCCACAGGCGUAGGAUAAGGUGCCGUACUCAGGUAGAGCUCCUUCCUGUAUUUUUCUGGGUUCUACGUUGUUACUAUUUGAUGCAGUGGUUGAGAACUACAGACUGUGUUUUCUUUCCUGAUACAGGUUUACUCAUUGCUUACGACAUGUUCAGGCGUUUUUCUACAUUAUCUGUCAUUACUCUCUGUGAAAAGAAAAGGUGCAGAAUGUUGAUUGUGAGUUGGGGUGUCAUAUUAGUUCUGCUGAUCAAAAUCAAUUGCUGGAAAAGUUGCUCUCUAGCAUCACAUGCAUGUAGUGUAUCAUACUAAGGUCAAACAAUGUUCUUUUAAGCUUGUCAUAGAGUUCACCAAUAAGAGGUUAGGUGUAAUAAGACAUUUGUAUAUUAUACUGUUAAAUCUAUCAUUAUACUGUUAAAUCUAAUCAUUUUGAAUAGAUGCUCAGAUACUGUCUAAAAUGGGGGGAAUAUCUUUCUUCAGCUGAUUGUAAAAGUAAGUUGUUGUAAAACUAUUAUAAUGCAGAUUUUUUAUUUUUUGCAAGCUGCAGGGUUUUUUUGCAGAGGAGUUUCCACGUUACUAUGUAACCAUGUUAAGUCGACAUCAUCUGCUUGGAACCCCAGAGUCAAAUCUAAAAAAUGAAAAUACAGUAUUCAGUAUAGUAACAGUGUCGGUAAUUCUAUUUUCAUGUUCAGUCCAAAUGAAUAAAACCGAUAUUGUCUUGUGUAUGAUGUACAGAGCAAUGGAAAAAAGGGAUAUGCGAUACAAUUGCAUGUGCUUAAAAUAAAAAUGCUUUAUUUUAAAACAA